CAUAAUACCGGUGGAUGUUGAGGGGGCGGGCUCAACAAAGAAAAUUAUAAGGUCAUUUGAAUUACUGUAGCGAGCGAGUUCAUGGCUACAAUGAAGCUGAGAAAAGAUAUCGGCGAUAAGAAUGAAGGGAUGAUUUAGAUGGGGCAAAGUCGAGCCGAGUAGCCAGGCAAAUUUGAUUUAGCCUAAUAAUCCUGCCGGAGAAAGGAGUGCGCUGUUACCGGAGACCCGAGUGUGUGUGUGUGUGUGUGUGUGUUGUGUGUGUGUCAACGCGCAAGUAAACGCCAAAGCGGUGAAAGGCUAAGCCGAUCAAGGUGGAAUUGUAGCCUACAAAACGGGUUCCACGUCUGGUGUAAUACGCACAUUACUGUGAUUGUGGGAACGUGAAACAAGGAUGAUGCGUCUGGCCUGCUGCACUGCCCUGCUCUUCGUCCUCCGUCUCCUGGUGGGUCUGCCCUGGUACCAGGUGGUCCCCUCCUUCUUCAUCUUUUACCUGGGCUCCGGAGGCUGGAAAUUCAUCUACAUCUUUGCUAAGACCAUCGGCAGGGACUUACAUGCGGCCGGCGUCCUACUCAAGGUGAAGUGGAAUGUCAAGCGUCACUUGCGAGAACGAAACACCCUACCCAAGAUCUUUGCCGAGACUGUGCGUCGGCACGGGGACAAGACUGCGCUAAUCUUCGAAGGCACAGGGGAGAAAUGGUCUUUCCGGGAGCUGGACGAGUACUCCAACCGCGUGGCCAACCUGCUGCUUCAGAGGGGCUUCGUAGAAGGAGACGUGGUGGCUCUCUUUAUGGAGAACCGCUCCCAGUACGUGGGCCUCUGGCUGGGCAUGGCCAAGAUUGGUGUGGAGGCUGCCCUGAUCAACUUCAACCUGCGGCUGGAGGCCCUCGUUCACUGCGUCACAAUCUCAAAUGCCAAGGCUGUGGUGUUCGGCAGUGAGCUUACUGAAGCUGUCUGCGAGGUACACAGUUCCAUGGGGAAGACAGUCCAGAUGUUGUGUUCAGGGGACUUGGAUUCAAAACGUGUCCCUGUGGGGACAGAGAGCCUGGAGCCUCUACUGGACGCCAGCCCUUGCCACCUACCCAGCCGCCCAGACCGCUGCUUCACAGACCGUCUGUUUUACAUCUACACAUCCGGCACCACCGGGAUGCCCAAAGCUGCCAUUGUGGUCCACAGCAGGUACUACCGCAUGGCAGCGUUGGUGUACUACGGCUUUGGGAUGACAUCGGAUGACGUGCUGUACGAUUGCCUUCCACUCUACCACUCUGCAGGUAACAUAGUUGGAGUUGGGCAGUGCCUGAUCCACGGCAUGACGGUGGUCAUCAGGAAGAAGUUCUCCGCCUCCCGAUUCUGGGACGACUGUGCAAAGUACAACUGCACGAUUGUCCAGUACAUAGGAGAGAUCUGCCGGUACCUGUUGAACCAGCCCGUGAAAGAUAUCGAGCAGAAACAUAAAGUCCGCAUGGCCCUCGGAAAUGGUCUGCGUCAAUCCAUCUGGGAGGAGUUCACCUCCCGCUUCAACGUGACACAGAUAGCCGAGUUUUACGGAGCCACAGAGUGUAACUGCAGCCUGGGUAACUUCAACAAUAUGACGGGAGCUUGCGGCUUCAACAGCCAGAUCCUGCCUUUUAUCUACCCGAUCAGAUUGGUGAAGGUGAACGAGGAUACAAUGGAGCUUAUCAGAGGGCCCGACGGGGUGUGCAUCCCCUGCAAGCCUGGUGAGCCUGGACAGCUGGUGGGUAGAAUCAUUCAGCACGAUCCACUGAGAAGGUUUGACGGCUAUGUUAACGAAGGAGCAACCAACAAGAAGAUUGCGAGCAGUGUCUUCAAGAAAGGAGACAUGGCCUAUCUCUCAGGUGACGUUCUCAUCAUGGACCAGUUUGGAUACAUGUACUUUAAGGACCGCACUGGGGACACGUUCCGCUGGAAGGGGGAGAACGUGUCCACCACGGAGGUGGAGGGGACGCUAAGUCGUCUGUUAGACAUGAAGGACGUUGUGGUCUACGGAGUGGAGGUCCCAGGGGCUGAGGGCAAGGCUGGGAUGGCCGCCAUAGCAGAUCCAGAGCGAUCUACAGACCUGGAGAAGUUUGGGAAGGAUCUGGAGAAAGCCCUGCCCCCCUAUGCGCGACCUGUCUUCCUCCGCUUCCUCAAUGAGGUCAACAAGACAGGCACCUAUAAAUUCCAGAAAACAGAAAUGCGGCGGGAGGGUUUCAACCCCAGCAUUGUAUCAGACAAACUGUACUUCCUGGACCCCAGUAGGGGGCGCUACGUGGAGCUGAACAAGGAGCUCCAUAGCGGCAUCGUCUCAGGGAAGCAGAAACUGUAACUGGGAGAUCUGAUCAUUCUUUGGACCGGACACCCCAGCCAAUAUCCCUAAACCACCCAUAUCCACCUCUUGCACACAAGCACCCCAUACCAAAAGUCACUCUCCCUCCCUCAAGAAAAAGGUAACUCCCAGAAUUCCCCUUUUCGCUCUAUCUAAGCCUAUGUCCCUCGUUACCUCAGCGACCACAGUGAGGGGCAUCUGGAUCUCAUCCUGGUCUCAUGACAAGCCAAUCAGACACCAUUUCCCAUUAUACAUUCCUUUGACCCCUGAGGUGUCACCUCCGACCCUUCAACUCCCUGGAGCUCGACCUUACCUUGACCUAGAGCAGCGUUUGCUGGAAGGACACCUUCUUGGUUGAGAUCGGCGUGUGGCAUCUCUUCUGAAUGCAAAAACAUAACAAACUAUUCCAAAUCUUCAAAAAGACCUGGCUUUAAGGAACAUUACAUGCGCGAUGAAGGAACUUGACUUGAACGAAGAAAACCUGUUCUGUCGGUUUGUCAGUAAAAAUUUGAUGAGGUCACUACCUCUGAGGCCCAACCUGCAUAAUGCCCAAUCAGUGACCACUGGCUUUCUGAUACAAAAUGGAUGCUUGGUUUUAGUUGUGUGCAGUAUGCCUAUUCUUCCAAAACAGUACAACAAGCAUAUUUCAAUGGAGUUUAAAUUCAAUGUUGGAUUUAGGUGCAAUGGGGAUCUAGCAUUGGCAGUACAAUGAAUAGCCAAAAGAUGAGCUGAGAAGAAGCUUUCUAGUAUUAUUUUGUCAGCAUUACACCAAAUAUAUUUAAUUUGUAGAAUAAUCUUAACAUAUUUAAGACAAAAAGGAGGAUUUUGUUUAACAUCAAAAUCCUAACAUUAUGCUAAUUCAAAUAGUAUUACAUGUUAUACUGUAUCCUUGAUUGCGUUCUGCCUUCUGACCUUCCCCCACUAGUGGGAGCUCCUCCUCAUAUUCAACAACACAAUCUACACAACAACCACCAGCGGCUGGAACUCCAACUAACUCCCCUACAGUUACAAAUGUCAGGACACUUCUGGGAUAGAAGACUUAGAUUUUAAAAGGUUCUGAUUCUGAAUGUUCUUAUACUUAACAGGAAGGUUUCUGUCAAUGUUGUGCAAGUUGGGCCUGUGGUAUGGCAUUAAGUUCCAUCUUAAAUCUGGAUGAAGAGAGAGCUGAAGUCAAAAGCACCAUCUUCUGUCAGUUUCUGUUCGGUCGUUCAGAACUCGAUAUGACGAGAGCAAUAUUUCAAUGCCACUCUCAGACUGGCAAGCCGAACGAUCCAAAGACUGUCCUUCCUCAGAGAGGAGAGGAAGUGGAAAAGAUGCAUAUUUUGGUCCUUGUAGCUUCUUGUUUCAUCUUCUCAGCCGUAUGAAUGAUCAACACAAACAGAGCACUGUGCCUUUGCUGUGAGUUUUCCAACUCGGAUUCACAGGCCCUGUCCCAUGGCGCUAAUCCCGGACUAUUCAACACCAGUCCUAGAGGGCUGAAACACUUGUAUGUUUUUUGCUUCUACCUUCUAGUUACUGCACACAAGGUCUGAAUCCCAGGUCUGAAUCAGUCUUUGAUUAGAAGUAGUGGAUAAUAACCAGAAGUGUUUAGGCCUUCCAGGGCUGGAGUUGAAUAGCCCUGGUCUUGUCCCUUUCUCCAUGGUCCAGGGAAUAACCUUUUCCCGGACAGUUGUGGGGUCAGCAGAAAGUGGAUUCAACCGUUUUGGUAGAUGAGGUGUGUUGAAUUUUGGUUGUCUUGGUUAAAUAUGUACCUGCAUAUUGUGUGGUUAUCCAGGAACUGGGUUUCCUACCCUGGACUAGUCUCUCCCCCUGCUCCCUGUUACUCCCCCCCACAUCACUCGCUCCUUUCCCUGCCCUCUUCCCUUGCAAUUGUUGUCCUAUAGUACACAGUUCCCUUUAUCGUUAUCCUUCCUUAUUCAUUCACCACUCCAGCCACGUUUUCCUCUCACUUUCAAUGAAUCCCCUAUUCUCUCUCACCCAAACAGUCCCCUCUGUUUGCUUCUAGCUCGUCUUCUUGUGGAUAGACGUUUCCAUCAUUUGAUAUUCUCUCUGAGGACAUCAUGCGCUACUACUGUCACCACCACCAUGACGAUCAGUGUUAUCUGUAACUAUGUCCUAUCAAAAUCAACCAAUCAUGGGCCCGUUUUCCACCAGCCAAAUAUCCUGUCUGUAUGAAAUCAACAGGUGGAGACCAGGGGGAAGAAAAAUGAUCCUCAAGCAAAUAGCCUAAAAACGCUGAGGAUUGUGGGUAGCGUAGUUUGCUAUAUCCCUGGUUCCUUCCCUUCAUCUCCCAUCUGACACAUGUCGCCCGGUAAACACUACAAAAAAGAGGAAGUGCAGGCAUGGCUCUCCAGCUCCACUCCAUAAGUGUAUUUAUUAUUAGUGAUAAUUGUUUAGUUUCUGAGUGUUGGAUAAUGAAAAAUGAGUGACCACUGACCAAGAGUUAUGUUGUAAAGAAGAGUAUAUAUUGAUUUUGGGGAUUAUAUGAGAAUGCUGCUUUGAUACUUUUGAUCCUGGGGUGUCAUUUGGUAGUAUGACCACGAGGUGGCGCAUGGCUGGGCAGCACCAGAGAAACUGCCCGUUGUCAAGUGCCCAUUCAGGUUUGUCUGAAGUGGCUUUAUCUUCUUGUCUUCUUCCCUUUACCUGCACUGAUCUAAAUGGAUUGGAGACAGGUGGACAACAGCCCUAGCCAUAUUACUUUCACUUAUCCUGUUGUGUUGAUGUGUUAAAGGAAAUACGACACUGACAACUCUAGGGAUCAAUUUUAGACCGUUGACAUGCACCCCAGAUUUAUUUCUGUACCCAGUUUUGUUAUUUAAAUUAUUAUUUUUUAAAGUAUUAUUAAUUAUUCUUUAUUUGAUUGUGCAUUUAAUAUGUCACAGCUUUGCGGUGUGUUUGUUAUUUUCUGUGUGUCGAAUCAAAGCUUUGAUGUGUCAGGAGUCUAGAAGUGUGAGACGGAAGGGGCUCAUUGAGUGUGUGUUCUGCCAGCUGGACCGUGACCAGCCCCAAGACCUAUGACAGCACCAUCCCACUGGGGGGCGCUAAACUGCAGCGCCUCUAAACAGUCUGCUGUGCUGAGGCCUUAUCUGUUUUAUAGUUGACCUGCAUUGGUUUUUGUAAAGACACCAUGUAGCACAUACACACGAAAAGUGAGAGUCUAUGGCAAUAUCACAGUGUAUUUUAAGGACAGCUGCAGUUCAACUAUUUGGUUUAAUUCUACAUUCCACUAUGGGAGGGGUGUCAAACAAACAGUCCAAAUGCUGAAUGCUGGCCACGAGGUGGUCAAGUCCAGCCCACAGUUGGUUUGUCAUAAUAAAUAAAAAAUAAAUGUGGAUUAGGUGCAAACUCAGUAUUGUUUUAAGUGGCAAACUACUUAGAAAUCUGGGUUCCAAAUGGCACACUGGUGUAAGAUAAUGCUGUGCAGUAGAACUGUGUCAUUGCAAGCAGGAGUGCAUCUUUAUCUCAUCAUACUGGGGCUUUAAUAUGCUCAGCACUGUCUGGGGUGGGUGGUUGGGAGAGGGAUGCCUUACCUCGUUGGACUCUAGCGACUCCUUGUGCCGGGUUCGGCGCCUGCAAGCUCAAUUGUGUAUUCUGGCCGAAGAAUGCGCUCUCCUCCAAGCAUGUAGGUUUCGGCUAAUGUUUCCCAGUUGAGUAUGCAGUGUGAUAAGAAGCAGAGCGGCAUGGCAGGAUGUGCUUAGGGGGACAUGUCCUGAUCGACUCUCCCAAGCCCGCUGGGAGUUGCUGCGAUGAGGCAAGGAUACAAUUAGAAUUGGAAAUCACAAAAGUGUAAUGAUAAUUAGAAGAGAUAAUAGACCUACAUUCACAUGGUUUCCUGCAAAUAACCAGCUCAUCACCUACAUGAGAAAUUAUGACAAAUCCUAAUGUUUUGUUAAAUGCAGCCCUCGAGACCUUUAAAAGACUGAAUGCAACCACAGGAGGUAAAAGAGAUUGACAACUGUGUACUAGGACUAGUUUCCAUUCCACUGUAUCUGUUGGCUGUCUUGAUCCAAUCCUUACAGAUGUCCAUCCUGUUACUUAAGCAGUAAGCCUUGUAGCCAAGCAUGCAAGGGACAGGCCUGUUCACACAUUACUCAGUGUGCUGACACAUGUAGUCCAGUGACGGUGAUUUGGGAGACAUGCUGUUGUGUGAGCGUCAUAGACUCUCAGUUAUUAGUGUCUGUGUCUGGCCCUUCCCAGAGGUUCCAAUAGGAACGAGUGUGGAAUGUACAUAGGGGUAGAAGUAGUUUCUGGGCAGGGCUCAUGUGUCACUAACCAAUGGGAGCUGUGAGGGCAGGGUGUUAGUCGUCAGCCAGAGGGAGGUGCUAUUUACCAGCAAAAAUAUUGUGGCUGCUGCCCUCCGUACUGUUGAAAUCCUUAUUCUGGAGUAAACAUUAUUACAACUUACUAUCAAAGAAUGUCUGAUUUAUUUAUAAAAGAUCAUGUUGAAAUAUCAGUGUAUUACUCUUCUGAAGUACUGAAAUGAUGGAUAAUAAAAAGAUUGAUGAAUGGAAACACUGAAGGAGGACAGAGAAAACCCUAUAUGCUCCCCAUUAUAGCAUCUUUAAGCGCAUUGGUCUGCGCCAUUGACAAAGUCAGUUGUACAUUUUUAUCUCAACAAUUGGCUAAUCCGUCCUGAUUACCUGGUGGGAAAUGUUUCAAAGAAGGUCAUCAGAAGGGAUCAGCCAAUGAAGUUUCAAGUCCCACCUCGAUUGCUUACAUUUUGGAAGCCCUCAAUGGGGAGUGUCCCACCAUUAUCCAUGCACACAUUUCUGUGGCACUUGAGGUCUUUCUCUAUGAUGGAAUUCUUGGUUGUUUAACAGUAUGUCGAUCUAUCCACUUUUGGUUGUAUUCAAGAGUGUCAAGUCUCAAAUGGCCAGUAAAUAAUAGGUUACUAUACCAUGUUUUUAUGAUUGGUUCAUAUCAGUUAUAUGGUAUGCUUGAGCCAAUUUUGAGACCAGAUGCUACAAAGUAACGGGAAGUAGAAAGCAGAACUGCAUGCAGAGAAACACCUCUCUCCUUACUGAUAGUUGGGGCGGUAUUCAGUACUGAAUGCAUUACUCUGUCUCCAUCUCAUCUUCAAAAGAAUCUCUCUGGUUUAUUAGUAGUAAAUAGUAGUAAGCCACAUGAUGCACUUUUUAAUUUGUCUUGUGUUUUUCUGUUCCAUUGUGGUACUCAGGAACAACGUUAGGCAAUUGCAGAGAAGGGAAGGCGUGUGCGGUGUGUGUGUUUCUUUGUUUCGACGGUCGGCUUCUCUUAGCAUGUACAUAUGGUGUGCGGGCGAGGUGUGUGAGGUGUGGGCUGUCUGCAGCACACUGAUGUCCUCUUGUCUCUAAAAGACUAGCUGGCUGUAAAUCAAGCAUACAAAAUCAUUGGCAAUGGCAAAUAAAUAUUAAUAAAAAAGGAUUUAAAUUGUUGUC